GAGAGAGAGAGAGAGAGAGAGAGAGAGAGAGAGAGGGAGAGAGAGAGAGCGAGCGCUUCUCCUCGCGCUCCUCACAUUUGCACGAUGGCAUCAGAUCCGGGGCUGCUGCCUCUCCUUCUGUGGAUUAUAUCCUUGCAGGUGCUGGGAUCCAAAAGCACGGCCAACAAUGAAGUAAAUCUCCUCGACACUUCCACAAUAUCAGGAGACUGGGGCUGGAUGACGUAUCCAUCACACGGGUGGGAUGCAAUUAACGAAAUGGACGAAUACUUCAGUCCCAUUCAUACGUACCAAGUGUGCAAUGUCAUGAGCCCCAACCAGAACAACUGGCUCCGUACCAAAUGGAUCCAACGCAGCGGCGCUCACCGAGUCUACGUGGAGAUCAAGUUCACGCUCCGUGACUGCAACAGCAUGCCGGGCGUUCUAGGCACAUGCAAGGAGACCUUCAACCUCCACUACAGUGAGACGGAGCGUGACGUGGGAACCAGCCUCCGAGAGAACCAGUUCUCCAAGAUCGACACCAUCGCAGCCGACGAGAGCUUCACCAACGUGGACCUGGGAGUGAGGAGGCUUAAGCUGAACACGGAAGAGCGCGGUGUGGGGCCUCUUAGCAAGCGCGGCUUCUACUUGGCCUUUCAGGACAUCGGUGCCUGCAUCGCCAUCGUCUCGGUGCGAGUUUACUACAAGAAAUGCACAGGCCUGGCGAGGAACCUGGCUGUGUUCACGGACGUGGUGACAGGAGCGGAUUCCUCGUCCCUGGUGGAGGUCAGAGGUCAGUGCGUGGAUCAUGCUGAGGAGAAGGACACUCCCAAGAUGUACUGCAGCGCUGAGGGGGAGUGGCUCGUUCCUAUUGGACGGUGUGUGUGCAGUGCUGGGUUUGAGGAACACAGAGAGGCUUGCAUUGCCUGUGAAGUGGGAUACUAUAAACCUUUGGCUGGAAGCCAGCUUUGUAGAAAAUGUCCUCUUCACAGCCACUCAGAGACCAGAGCGGCUCUCACUUGCCCUUGUGACGCCAACUACUUCCGUGCACCUGCUGACCCUCCUGGAGCUCCUUGCACAAAACCUCCCUCGGCCCCUGUAAAUGUGAUUUCAUCUGUAAACGGGACCACCGUUAACCUGGAAUGGGGUUCCCCUCUGGACACAGGCGGCCGUGAGGAUAUCAUCUAUGAUGUGCAGUGCCAGAAAUGUGUAAAGGAUGGAUGUGAGGUCUGCAAUGUCGGAGGAACCUCUGGCAAUGGAAUAUUAGGAGCUGCUGUUGGAGCCCAAGGAAGUGCCGGUGGAGGAACGACUGGGAGUGGAGGAGGUUUAGGUGGAAAUGGAUUGGUGUCACGAACAGGAGUCACCUCAAUCAGGUUCAUCCCCCAGCAGAAGGGACUGACGGAGCCAUGGGUGAACGUGCUCAACCUCAUGGCCCACACUAACUACAGCUUCCGCAUCCUGGUGAUGAACGGGGUGACGCACUUGAGCAAGGACCCGCUGCCUUACGUCAUAGUCAACAUUACGACAAAUCAGGCAGCUCCCUCUCAGGUGAUGGCUAUCCGUCAAGAGAAUGCUAGCACAAAUAGCAUCACCCUCAUGUGGCAUGAACCUGAGCAGCCCAAUGGAGUAAUCCUGGAGUAUGAUAUAAAAUAUUAUGAAAAGGACAAGGAGCAGCAGAGCUAUUCCACCCUGAAGUCAAAGACAACAAGCGCUAAAGUGUCUGGGCUCAAACCUGGCACAAGCUACAUCUUUCAGAUCAGGGCCAGGACCUCGGCUGGCUGCGGACGCUUCAGCCCCUCCGUGGAGAUCCAGACUGGAAAAGCGGCCCCCUUGCGUUACAACACUGUGACGAUUAUCUGGAUCUCCAUGGCGCUGGUGUCAGGGCUCAUCACGUUUUUGGCUCUUAUCAUCUGCAGAAAACGGCAAGAGGAACAUUGUGGCUACAGCAAGGCUUUCCAGGAUUCAGAUGAGGAGAAGAUGCAUUACCAGAAUGGCAAUGUAUCAUUUCCAGAAGCCAGAUUUUAUAUUGAUCCCCACACAUACGAGGACCCAUGCCAGGCUGUCCACGAGUUUGCCAGAGAAAUUGAAGCUUCCCGGAUCAAAAUUGAGAAAAUUAUUGGUUCAGGAGAGUUUGGGGAAGUGUGUUACGGCCGUAUGAGGCUGCCCGGGAAGCGGGACGUCCCUGUGGCCCUGAAGACUCUGAAGGUCGGCUACACUGAGAAACAGAGGCGAGAUUUUCUGAGCGAAGCCAGCAUCAUGGCCCAGUUUGACCAUCCCAAUGUCAUCCGUCUGGAGGGAGUGGUGACACGAAGUAAACCUGUAAUGAUCAUUACUGAAUACAUGGAGAACGGCUCUCUCGAUUCAUUCUUAAGGAGACAUGACGGUCAGUUCACCAUCAUUCAGCUGGUCGGGAUCCUCCGAGGCAUCGCUGCCGGCAUGACGUAUCUGUCGGAUCUCGGCUACGUCCACCGGGACCUGGCUGCGAGGAACAUCCUGGUCAACAGCAAUCUGGUCUGCAAGGUUUCAGACUUUGGCCUGUCACGGGUGCUGGAGGACGACCCAGAUGCAGCAUACACAACCACUGGUGGAAAGAUCCCGAUCCGCUGGACGGCCCCCGAAGCCAUCGCGUACCGCAAGUUCUCCUCGUCCAGCGACGUGUGGAGUUACGGAGUGGUGAUGUGGGAGGUGAUGUCCUAUGGAGAGCGGCCAUACUGGAACCUCACCAACAGAGAUGUAAUAAAGUCAGUAGAAGAAGGCUACAGGCUUCCAGCGCCGAUGGGCUGCCCCGCUGCUCUCCACACACUCAUGCUGGACUGCUGGCAGAAGGAGCGCAGCGAACGGCCCAGGUUCUGCCAGAUCGUCACGGUCCUGGACAAGCUUAUCCGCAACCCAGAGAACCUCAAGUCAAUGGCCACAUUGUGCAGACUGAACAGCCCAUUGAUGAACAGAAGCAUUCCUGAUUUCACAACCUGCAGAUCAGUGAACGACUGGCUGGACACCAUCAAGAUGGGCCGCUACAAAAACCACUUUGCGGCAGGAGGUUAUCACACACUCGGUCACGUGAUGAGCAUGAAUCAACAUGACAUUCAGAAGCUGGGGGUCACGCUGAUGGGUCAUCAGAAGAAGAUCAUGACCAGCGUCCAGGUGAUGCGAGCGCAGGUGUUAAACCAGAGCGUGCCGUCGGUGCACGUAUAAUCACCUGCUGUGUCAAUAUAAAUACAUAAUCAUCUGAUCUGUGUUUUCGGGUCGUGUGUUACGAACUCUUAAAGACUCUCCUCUAGAAAGAGAACUUCAAGAGGACUCUGAACUCCAAGGGUUUCCUCCUCGGCACUGGAUUUUUUUUUUACAGGAAAAUCCCUGCAUUCUUUCUCCAAUCUCUUGGACCUUUUUUGUUUGUUUCUUCUUUCGCUAAAUGGAUGGCCUGCCUCAAGGACCACAGAUAAUUUAAAUAUUGGUGUAUAUAAAGGAAGAUUUUAUGAAUGUCUCUGAUGUAUAGGUGAGAACGGGAGCACUUCACAACCUAAUCAGCGUUAAUGAUACAGUGAGUGUUUCUAAAUGUUGACAAUUUAAAAAAAAAAAAAACAGGCUGAGAAGAAGCGAGGUAUAUAGAAUAAGUCCUAAGCAUAUAAGCUAUAAUCUAAGAGCCGUUAUCUGGUUUCUCAGCAAAGCUGCAUAUCGCACAUGGAAAAAUGAUGAAUUGAAAAUGAUGAAUGAAUUAGUCACAAAAUUAGUACCAAUUUGCAUAACAAAGGAAAUGAAAGUGAUAUGUAAUCAAAUGUCAAAAUAAUUAUUGAUGCCAGUAGAAAGCUAGGGGGAAAAAUUUUCUUUUUUUUUUUCCCCGCUUUUUUAAUACUUUAUAAACCAUAUAAAAUAUGUUCUGCAUCCCUUUAACAUUGAUAUCUUUGGCUUUUCAUGGACUAAUUAAUUAUGUGCAUACUGUAUCAGCCACUUAAAGGUCAUUUGUGACGUUUUUUUCAGCCUGUCAGUGAGCGCGCUGAACGAGCUUUAGUUUCUGUCUGCUGAUUCAAAAGAAUAGGAGACUGCUCGACUAGAACGUUCCUCAAAUAAAUGUGAAGCUCAUCGAUUUGUGCCGCUACAUUUCACCUAUUAAACUAUGAUUCAGACCACAGCGUUAAACAAGAGUCCAUAUUUUACUAAUAAUCUACUUUCAAGUGAAGUGAUGUGGUAAAUAAUAUGGUAAUAAAAUAAUAUAUCUUAAUAAAUACUACAAAAUUUGCACGACAGUUGCAAGAAAAGACGCCAAGGUUACAGUUAGGCUUAGGGGCAGGGAUACUCAUCACUUUUCUUACAACUUAAUUUGUAUGAAAUCAAAUAAAAUUUCCAUCACUUGUACAAAUUUUUUCAUGAGAAAUCUAUCCAUGAAGUUCAUAUUCACAAAGUUUUACCUCUGUGCUGAUGAUGUUGUGUAAGUUCAGUUGCAAGAUGUAAGCACUUUCAUAAAAACCCUAAUAAUGCCCAUAAAAACUCCAAUAAAGUACUAGAAUUAAUUAAUUGAUUAACAUUGAUAUUGAUAUUUUCAAUAAAUACCAAUCAGUAAAAUGUAAAAAGAAAAAAUUUAGUAAAAAUUGUUUAUAGUUUAAAAUGUAUUGCCUGUGAUAUACUUGUAAUAUAGUUUAUUUUUCUACAGUAUAGACAGGGAAUAUUUAAGUCCACACUUAUAAUGAAAUGUGUAAUUAAAUUUAAACUGAUGUUACUGUAAAAAAGUAUUUUAAUAACUUUUAAAAGUGGAAAUGAGAAGAAUAGUUAUACUGCGCACACGUCGACAGCCAUUUUUCUCCUCGCAGCCCUCAAAUUGGUGACUAACUUGUUUCAUGUACUUUCCAUAACAUUAAACGUAACUACAAAUGGAUAAAAAAGUAUGACUUCAUUCUUUAAUAAAUAAACACUGGCAAAUUGCUGCGGUAUAAUAGGAAUAAACCAUUUCAGGAUGUGCUGUUGUAGGAAAGGAAUCAACUUCGGGGUGGUGAUGAUACGUCUGCUUCAUCACACCACCACAUCGUUUAUUAGUUACCUAUAACAGCACAGCCCCAAGUAUAGUAUUAAGGAAUGUAUACAUAAGGAAUAACACACGACACACUGUGUAGAUAUGUGAAUAUAUUGCACUCCAGGGUGGAAUGGGGUGCAUUUUUUUCUUAUAACAUCAUGUCUGUAGUGUGUUAUUCCACUUACACCACAAUGAUUCUUCCAAUGAUCACAAUGUUUAAUUUAUUAAUAAAUGACACAUUGUGAAUUUUAAUGGUUUAUAUGUUAAAUGUUGGGAAACGUCCGAGAAACAAGUUCCUGUUCUCACUUACAUUAUAGCUGCAAUAAAACAGCUGUUCCCUCACCAGCGCCCCCCUCCCCCCCCCCCUCUCUCUGUCUCUCUCUCUCUCUCUCUCUCUCUCUCUCUCUCUCUCUCUCUGGUGAGGGACUGGUGAGGGAACGGCCAUUUCUCCUAAACUCCUCUGCCCUGAAGACUUUCCUGAGCUGGAAUCUUUGACUGUUACUAAGCACUUUGUAAGAAACUCCUUCCAUAAAUGUUAAAUAAAUGUCUCCUAACAAAAGUUUCACCACAUCAAUGAUUAUACAGUACAUUUUUCUUUGUUGAACGACAACAUGUUUUUUUUAAUGCAUUUUUUUAUUACUAGUCUUAGAUUAUGUGGAGCGUCCACUGCACAAGUCCCUGUGAAUGAGAUAAUGUGAGAUAACAAUAACAUAUCAGAACAAACUCAUUAAUAUAAUAUAAAAAUAAUAUAAUAAUAUAAACCUGCCUUUCAUGUUACAGCAGGAACAGCAUGCACACCUCCCGACCAAUCAGAAUCGAGCAUUCAGUAUCGAGUGCACUACAAGUGCACUGUGCUAUUACAAUAAUAUUUAAGGAUAAUAAUAUUAAAUAAUAUUUAAAUGAUAUUUAAGGAAUAAAACAGCAUGUGUCAUGCUGUUGUAGGAAAAUAAUCAAAGACAGAGUGGAGGGAAAGUUAAAAACCAGAAGGAUUGUUUUAUUCAUUAAAUAUUAUAGUACUUUAUUGGAGGUAUAAAAGGCAUUAUUUGAUUUUAUAAAAAUGAAAAAAUGAUUGGGGAAAUCACAAAGAAUUACAUAUUAACAGGUUUAUAAACACUUAUUAAUUAAAUUUGAAUCAUUUAGCGGCAUUGUGAACGGAUCGAAUGCAGGGUAUUUUCAUGUGCAUCAUCAGGGUUGUUGCAAUAAGGUGUUAAACUGGACAACAGAAAGGGAUUGAUGGGGUCUUGUGAAUCAUUCACCUGUACAUAAGGAUAAAAAAAUAAAUAUAAAAAUGUUCUUUCUGUACUUUUUCAAAGAGCAAUACUCUCCUGUAUGCACCAGUGAGUGCGAAUAAAGU